CUCUCUCUCUCUCAGCUCAGAGAAAGCCAAAAACCAGAGAGAAGACCCAGAAUUAAAGCCUUCCUUUUCUCUCUGUAGUACGAACUGGCGAUCUCUGUUCGGAAACCCUAAUUUCUCAGGCCUGGCCUGAAAAGCCUGUUUCCUACAUUCAAAGCAUGUAUAGCUUCAGAGCUUUUCUUUAAGGCGGUCCUGCGAGUUUCAGCAUACAUCGUUGCACACAAAUUCUGAGCGACUGGGAAAAAGUGUUUUUCCUUUUUUCCAUUUCUCUUUUUCCUGCUCCAAAAUACCUUCUGGAAUCCGAUUCCGUCGCGAUCUCGAAUUCAACUUUGCUUUUGAUUUUUUCUUUUGAGCAGUUAAAUCCGAUUCUCUUUGCUUGUUAUUUAGUUCAGUCUUUGUUUUCUCGGCGAGAGAGAGCAUAGGGGGAUCUGAGACUGGGGCUUCUUUUAUAAGAUGUUAGAGCUUGGCUUUGGCCGUGACUCAGACGGUGAUUUAAGCUUCGAGACAGUUCAUUCAAGCCAGAGCUCGAUGAGUAGCGAGAGCUGCAGCAGUUUCAGCCGCUUCUCUUUCGACGCCACGGCGGCGGCGAUGCUCGAGCCUCCGACGUCAUCAACGACGAUGGCCAAAAACGACAACGAAAACAACGAUAACAACAACAAUCUCUCGCUGAAGCCUCACCGGUCGUCGGACUUCGCCUACUCGGCCAUCCGCUCCGCCACGUUUGGUCGGAAGUCCGGCCUUACAUUCCGCGACUUCCGGCUGAUCCGCCGGAUCGGCUCCGGCGACAUCGGCACCGUGUACCUCUGCUGCUUGAGGAGCUCCGACGACGGCGAAGAGGAUGGCGAUUGUCCGUGCUUCUACGCGAUGAAGGUGGUGGACAAGGAGAAUCUGGCGGUGAAGAAGAAGGUGCACAGAGCGGAGAUGGAGAAGAAGAUCCUCAAGAUGCUCGAUCAUCCCUUUCUUCCCACUCUCUAUGCUGAGUUCGAGGCAUCACAUUUCUCUUGCAUCGUCAUGGAAUUCUGCUCCGGCGGCGAUUUGCAUUCUCUCCGCCACAAACAGCCUCAGAAGCGUUUCUCCCUCAACUCCGCUAGGUUUUACGCAGCUGAAGUUCUCGUGGCUCUAGAGUACCUCCACAUGCUGGGUAUCAUCUACAGAGACCUUAAACCCGAGAAUGUGCUCGUCCGAUCCGACGGCCACAUCAUGCUCUCCGACUUCGACCUCUCUCUAUGCUCUGACGCUAUCCCAGCCGUCGAAUCUCCCGAGUCCUCACCCUACGCCGCGUCCCCAUCAACUCCAUCCAACGCCCGCCCGCACACCACCACCGCCCCCUCCACGUCAGCAUCACUAACUCCCUUCUCGUGCUUCCCCAACCGGCUAUUCCGGUCUCGCCGGGUCCAGACCCUCACGGCGAACCACCGGCUGUUCGUGGCGGAGCCGGUCGCCGCCAGGUCCUGCUCCUUCGUCGGGACCCACGAGUACGUGUCCCCGGAGGUCGCCUCCGGCGGAUCCCACGGAAACGCCGUCGACUGGUGGGCCUAUGGCAUCUUCAUCUACGAGAUGAUCUACGGCCGUACGCCGUUCGCGGCCCAAUCCAACGAAGCGACGCUGCUUAACAUCGUGAAGAAGCCGCUCGUUUUCCCGAACCCCACGCCUCGGAGCGCUCUUGAGCAUCACGCGCGGGACUUAAUUUCCGGGUUGUUGGAUAAAGAUCCGACCCGAAGACUCGGGUCUAAGCGUGGUGCGGCCGACGUGAAGAAACAUCCGUUCUUCAAAGGGCUGAACUUGGCCUUGAUCCGGUCGUCAUUGCCGCCGGAUGUCCCGGGGUUAAGAAGGCAGAGAACGACGUCGUUCGGUCAAGGUGGUAGUAAAAAUGCUGAUAGGAGUAGAUCACAAUCGACGGCGUUUGAUUACUUCUGAAAGGGAACGGCGGGAUUCGUGCCACGUGUCGAGUCGGUCUGCCAGAUUUUGUCACUGGCUGGAGAUGGACAGUUGUGUACAUUCGAGCUGUCUCAUUGUUUUCUUUAUUUUUUUUCUUUGAUAAUUUGAUGUUUCUCUUUAGUACGUAUAAUUACGUAAAUAUUUUUCUCGGAAGACGAAAACUGAAAAUUGAGAAAAAAAAAAGAAAAGAAAAGAAAGCAAGAUGUAUGUUACUUACACGUAGGUUUAUGGUGCAGUAGAGACUAGAGAGAGAGUAAAAGCUGUGGAGUGUGAAGAGAGAGAGAGAGAGAGCGCGAAUGAGAUAAAUAUUUGUGGGUAUAUUCCAAAGUUGUUCUGAUCAGUAAACAGUAUGUCGAAACAGUGUUGAACCUUGGAGAAACACUGUGGAGUCUAUGAGAGAUGGUGGGGUAAUAUUAAGGAAUGAGGAUCAUAUUCUGCGUUUUUUUUUCCUUAAAAAAAA